AUGCAAGAGAUAUGCAACACCGCUGCGCUGCCGCUCGACAGUAAUCCUUUGGUCCGUAAGAUAAAAUGCGAAGAUUUUCCCGUCAGGGGUAAGCAGCCCGCGAGACUUGGCAUGGGGGUCCGCGAUGAUAUGGAGGAGGAAUUCGCGGUGAAGUCGAGGAAUACGCCGCCGAUGGGGCCCGCGCCGGGGCAGGAGCACCCGCGGAUGGAGCACGGCGGGAACGGGUUCUGGCUGGCGGCGGUGACGGCGACGGGGGCGCCGCACAUGCUGGAGACGUGUACGGAGACCGGCUUCAUCAACAGCCAGCCCUCGAUGGCGGAGUUCAUGACCGCGCUGCCUCAACUAGGUGCCGGGGAACUGAGCCCGCAGCACACGCCACCCGGCUACGCCCCCGACCUGCCUUCCCCGGGGGGCGGCCUCAAUGUCCCCGAGUAUCCCUGGAUGAAGGAGAAGAAAACGACCAGAAAGAGCAGUCAGCAAGAAAAUGGGCUACCGAGGCGGCUGCGAACUGCCUACACAAAUACUCAACUAUUGGAACUAGAAAAAGAAUUUCACUUCAACAAAUAUUUGUGCAGACCAAGAAGGAUCGAGAUAGCUGCAUCUCUUGAUCUGACAGAGAGACAGGUAAAAGUAUGGUUCCAAAACAGGCGUAUGAAACACAAGAGACAAACUCUGAGCAAAAGUGAAGACGGAGACGACAAGGACUCGACCACAUCCGAGGGUGGCAAGUCCAAGACGGGACUCGACAAAUUCCUCGACGACGAUGGUCCUCUUUCCGGAAAGAAGAGUUGCCAAGGCUGCGAAUUACCACCAGGUGCACUGUGUUCCCCCGCAGAGGAUCUCCCCGAGCUGGCUUCACGGACCAGAAACAAUAACACACCCAGCGCCACCAAUAAUAAUAGUUUUGCUAGUGACGGCGCCUCCAGUGUUGCAUCCUCAUCGUCCCUCGACAAGUUGGCCGAGGAAGACUCCCGGGAAGGACCUCCGUCGGUGAAUCCCAUCACAGCAGCCACCAGAAACAUUGCGAAAAGAAUAAAGCAGGAGGCACGGAAGCGCUCUCCUUCUCUAGACGCUACCGGAUGUAAAGUGUCACCGUCGUCUUCCAAAGACGGCUUAAUCGGAGUUCCUAAUUUAACCGACGGUAAAUUUUCUUCCGUCAACUUGACGAGAUCCUCGACCCCGGGAACGCCGUCGAGUAUGCACCCGAGCCCACUCGGCCACUACCCGCGGCCGUCUCCUCCUCAAGUCGGCCCGCAUCCUCAGGCAGUUCCGAACGCUAUGCCCCCGUACGUGAUAAGAGGCAAUGCGCCGCCGGGACAAUUUGCCGGUCAACCUGAUUUCCGAAUGGAUGCGAAACAGUUCGGUGGCAAACUCGCCCCGUAUCCCCAGGGCGGCAGGCAGUACGACGGGUACGGGCCUCUACCGAACAACGAUUCUCACGCUUUCAAUAGAAAUCAGCACGCGAGGCCGCAGGACGGUUCACCCGCGAGGCCCACCAACGGCAUCGGACCGAGACAGGCUUAUCCGCACGAGAUGUAUCAAAACUACGGCUACGCAAAUUACAGCAAGGAGCAGCUCGCAUACGGUCACCCCGGGUACGAUCAGUCGCAGGGCUACCCCGGCGACCAUAUGGCGUACCCCAACAGCCACUACGGCUAUAAUUACCACGAGGGCGGCCAACACGAGCACGCGAACAGUUAUUUUGGCACCGAGGGUCAGAAGAAUCCGCACGGCAACGAUUACAGCAAGGCUUUCUAUGAUUCUACUGGCUUCAAUCAGCAGGGCGCCCAGGCGGCGGGGUACGUGCCGGGGGAGACGCAGGGAGCUCCGGGAGAUCCCUACAACGGCGUUCCGGAGUGCGGCGAGUACGGAUCCUAUCAGCAGUUCUACGAGGCCACCCACGCGACACCUACCGCCGGCGAUAACUCCAACGGCUCCUCCGAGUUCCACUUCCUGAGCAAUCUAGCCAACGAAUACGGCCCGGAGUACUACACUAUUUGAGAUAAGGACUUCGCCGAACAGGCGUGUGAUCUAUUCGUGUAACCGGUCGAGGUUGCUGUAUAUAUUUCGUAAAUGUGGUUAUGGUGUUGACGGGAAACCGAGUUGCCUAAGGCUUCUGAUUUCACUAUACCUAUGGUAUAUUUCUCUUUGUACCUAUCUACUACUUAUGCUAGGAUACGAUGUACUCAAUACUGUUGUAAUUAAUUGUAAAUAACGCAAGUCUC